GUAGUUCUGGUUAAAGCUGAGGACUGGGAUGAACCAGGCACAGUCAAUUCAACAUUUACUCUCAGAAUUCUUUCUCAGACUCCUAACACAGAUAACGCCCAGUUUUUCAUUGACCAAAGCGGUGUCAUUUCGUUCAGGGGGUGCAUCGAUUAUGAGAAAGCUGAGAAAUAUGUACUCAUAGUUGAAGCAAAGGAUGAAGGUGACAAAAUACAGUUGUCAAGUUCCACUACAGUUUUUAUUACUGUCGAAGAUGAAAACAACAAUAGGCCGGUCAUGGAAGGUACUAACCUGGUGGCGAAUGUGAAGGAGCGGGACUCCAAUGUGACUCUUCUCAGAAUUAAGGUAUCAGACAGAGAUUAUCCUCACACUCCUGGCUGGAAAGCAAAAUACACAAUUGUAAGUGGAAACGAGAAUAAAAACUACAAGAUUCUCACCGACCCAGAUACCAACGAUGGAGUCCUGACCCUUGUGAAGUCUCUGGACUACGAAGAUGGCCAGAAGAGGACUCUCUCCAUCAUGGUGGAGAAUGAGAUUCCUUAUUCCACUUGCACAGUGAAGAAGGUUGUAGCUGACGGCCUGUGGAAGCUUGAAAAAACCAGUGAUGAGGCAGCAGAGACAAAGACCGUAACCAUCAUUGUGGAAGACGUCAACGACCCCCCAGAGUUCAUUCCUCCUUUCGGAACCGUUUAUGUUGAAGAGAACAGUGCAACUGGAAUCAAAUUGAAGACUUUUACAGCCGUUGACAGGGAUGCCAGCUUGUCAAGCAAGUUUCGGUACUCAGUGGGAGUUGACCCAGCAGGAUGGGUUUCUAUUGAUCAAACUGGUACUGUCACUAAUAAGCAAAAGGUGGACAGAGAGUCCCCUUAUGUGAAAAACAAUACUUACACAGUAACUCUUCUUGCAAUUGAUAAUGGUCUACCGCCCAUGACUGGAACAGCGACUUUAGUCAUCUAUAUCACUGAUGUCAAUGACAACACCCCCCAUUUGCUCACCACCGACAUUGACAUGUGUGUAGGCGAGACUGCCUCAGUGGCAGACUUGACCGCCGAGGACAAGGAUGAAGAGCCCUACUCCGGACCCUUCUUCUUCCAGCUGCUGGAAAAGGAAAGCCUGAAAGGGAAGUGGAGACUGGAGUCCACCCUGGGUUAUACGGUCAGACUCAUCAAAGAGAAAGACGUUUACAGUGGAGUUUACGUCUUGCAUUUUAAAAUUCAGGACACACAAGGUGAAUCAUCUGAGCAGAACCUGACAGUGACUGUGUGUGAAUGCACUGCAAUGCACAAAUGCAACCCACUGAGACUGACUAGUCACAGCAUGGGCACGGGAGCCAUUGGAGUCGGGCUGGCAACUCUGUUUCUAAUAUUGGGUAUUUUGCUGUUAGCACUAGUUUGCACAUCUGCUCGGGACAAACUAGUUUUCACCCAAAUUGAUCACUGCGAUUCCUCCUUGUUGAACUCCAAUACAGAGCACAUAGGCUCGGAUUGCCAGAUUUAUAAAGACCAAAAUGGAAGCUGGGUAGAGACAGUGAAUAACAUUAACUAUAAUUGGAAUGAAUCUACUAUGGACCAAGCGUGUUUAACAAACAGCCAAUAUGACUGUAUGGCUCAGAUAAAUAAGUUUUUGAUAAGCAAGAGAGUUGAUUCAUUACACUCUGGUCGAGGUGACCUCCUCGAGUAUAAUCCUCACCCGUAUGCUGAUGAAGGUGAAGAACCUGAAAUGCUGCCUCUUGAUGCCAUUUCCAUUCCUGACAGUGAGUUCACCCCUGAUCAGCUGCUAGACCUGGGGCCCAGGUUUAAAACCCUGGCAAGCAUUUGUAAGCCUCAAGCUCAGUGACUAACAAAUAGGUACUUGCUAAAGAAAAAACAUUAGACUGCAGUGUCUGAUCGUUGCUGUACAGAAGCCAAGUCUGAAAGAACUGUGAGUAUAAAAAUAACUAGUGAAGAAUGAACAGAGGGUUAUUAAAGGAAUGGAUUUGGGGGAAAGAGAAUCUAAAUGUUUUUUUAGUUAUGAUGAAUUAAAAGGGCUGGAUUCAAAAUGAAUUCCUUCAGAACUCGGAGGAAGCGCAGGUGUUAUUCCUGUGGAUUCAGCUGGAAUUCAUUCUGAAUUUGCGGCCAUUAUUUUAAAGUGUUACCCAUUUUGUGAAAGUCUGUAUUACAUUUCUGCUCUUUAUGUUUUUUGUUCUUUGUUUACUUAUAAAUCGUUCUUACUUUUGUAUAUCUAGUUACCAGUCUCACUGGCUAUUGGUUUUGAUACAGAGUGUUUUUUUUUUUUUUUUUUAUUGAAAUACAGAAAUGUCUUCAAGUGUUUUUUAAAAAUGUAAUUUUGCAUUCUGUACAGUUUUACCUUUCACGUAAUUAUAGGUGUUAACCCCGAAUACAACCCUAACUGGAAAUACUCAAAAGUAAAUACUCAGUUUAAUCCAUGGGGAACAGUGGCAGGUAUUAGGUUUGCUGGUGUACAAUUUCAGAGACGUCUGUUUAGCAGUGAUGUCAUACACGAUUGAGCUGAAUGUUAUAGUGAAUAGUUUUACUGAAAUGUGCAACAAAGGCUGGCCUUCCUCUCAAGCAAAAUAUUUGUGCUUAUUGCAUUCCAAAGCUUUAUUUUUUAUGUUUCUUACUUAUGUGUCAAGAUGGGUUUUUCACAAUGUUGAGGGAACUGUGUUAUUAUUAUUAGUGUUAUCAUUAUUAUUAUUAUCAUUAGUUUAUCUGGCAGACGCCUUUAUCCAAGGCAAACUUACAGGUGUUACAGGGUAAUUACUUUACAGUAAGUGCAAAUACUACUAGAAUACAAUAUGAGAUAAGAAGUAAUAAGUUAGCAUUAAAGCAAUUUGUAUCUACAAUGACAUAAUAGUAGUGCAAUAGCACAAUUAUAGUGUAGGUAUUUCUAUUUUUAUAAUAUCAUAAAUUAUAUUUUUAAAGCACCAUAAAACCAGUAGCAGUUGACAAAACCAAACUCAAUGCAAGAUCCUGGGCCACACCUAUCCUUUCAUUACCCCAAAUAAACACUGUAAGUCCUAUUCACCUUGCUUAUUGAAGUACUAAAUCCACUUCACACCCACUCAUAAGGAUUCAGUAAUACAAACACUUUGUGUUGCUACAACGAAGACACUUCACUUUGAAACCUUCGCCUGAUAUGUUUCUUUGUACUGUGUGAAUGUACAACAAUAAGAAGCUAGGCAAAGUAGACAAAGUUUGGUCUUCUUCCGCAUAUUUCUUAAUCACUGUAGUACACUGACGAAGGGACACGUCAAAACAUUUGUCGCUCAUAGUUUUAACUGUUGAUUCAGUGCAUGUUGGAGUUAUGAUGAUCUUCUUUCUUAGUAAGCAAGAGAGAACUUUUUUUUUUAAAGGUUGUUUUUUUUGUGUAAAUAUUUCUGUAGGUGUUUGUUUUACAUUGUUUAACCCCCCUCUAAAUAAAUAAAUAAAUAAAAUAAAGAAUUUCUGUGUUUCAUUGCAAAGGUAUUGUUGGUGCUAAUAAACACUAAUACAUAUCAAUAAAUCAGCAGAAAUUCUGGUUUGCAUUACACAAUAUCUCCAUUGUGUUUUUUUCAGAAGCUGUGAAUUAUUUGGCUAGAGAUUGCCUGGGCAAGCCUAAAAUGGGGCAAGCCUCUACAUGGGUAGGCCCAUCUUAAUUGUUUUUGAUACACUGAGGAAGGUCAUGCAACCGAAACGUUUGCACUGAGAACUUUUUGAACGUAAUCAACCUUUCUGCUUGUUCUUCUAUUAAUAAAAGACUGCUUUUUCACAUACCCUAAUCUUUAUUUUGUAGUGUUUUUUUUAUAUCACCACUCUUCAAAUAGCAGUGUGAGGAACAUUUUGAACUUUUAACAAUUCAUGCAUUUGGAGAUCUACGCACCUGGUUUUGUUUAUUUGGACUUUGCUUUUAAGGUGCAGUAAGGACGUCAUUUAAAAAAAAUGAUACAUAAACAUACCACAAAACAUCAGCUAGCAAUACUUCCACAUCUAAAUCUGGGAUAUUGUUUGGCAUAAUACAUUAUCAUGUAUACAUUUACUACAGGCAAACAAUAACUUUAAAUUACACAACUAACAAAAAUCGAAAAAUGUGACAUUUCAAAAUCUAACAUGAGAUACUAUACUACUAUUUUGGCUUCCAGUAGACUUUGAUAAUAUCAUCUUGUAGCUUCUUUGAUUACAUGAUAUUAAAUAAAUGAUCUGA